GGCAUCGCAACAGGCCAGUCGAUUUACACCUUACCAGCAAUAGCCUCACUGUACGCCUGAAAGGGUUCCUAGCGUUGUAAGCGGGCUCUUCAUUACCGGUAUCGCGCAAACAACGACCACACAACCGGUGCAAGGCUGGCGACUGCACUGCGCCUUUUCCCGGCGCGGAACGGGGCGUCGUGGGUUGUUCGGUCAUCUUUGAAACGUAAUAUCGUCAGCGCCUGUGGCAUCCGGAAGCCACCUACCAGUCCAGCUGCUAUUUCCCACAAGCCCUUCGCCUCCCACUCCUCUUCGCCCUCGUCUCCACCCUCUUCCUCAGUACCUUACGCCGCCUGCCGCCACCUCCACCUCCUCCUCCUUUCCCAUCCUCACCCAGCCAGCCAACCCCGCCGUCGCGGCCUCAGGGUGCUCCUGAUGGCUGCCAGCAGCGUUCAUAACAUGACUAAUGGAAUCAACGGGAAUGCUGGAGGCUUUAGGCCCCUUUCCUCCUCUACUUCCUCCUCUUGUAUCACCUCUUCUGGGACCAACGGCGGCAACAACGGUAGUAGUAAAACCGGCGGUGCGCAGAGGAUCAUUUUGUGGUUUCGGAACGACCUAAGAUUGCACGACAACUACAUGGUGUACGACGCGGUACAACGGGUGAAGCGUGGCGAGGCAAGCGAGGUGCUGCCUGUGUAUUGUUUCGACCCGCGUCAGUACGGCGCCACCCCCUGGGGUUCUCUGAAGACGGGCGCGCACCGGGCGGCCUUCCAGCUGCAGUGCGUGGAGGAUUUGAAGUCCCGACUACGAGAGGUGGGCAGCGAUCUGCUGGUGGCGGUGGGGGCGCCGGAGGAGGUGAUGCCGGGCCUGCUCUCCAGCAGCCCCCCCGGAGGCUCCCCGGCCCCCCUUCUGGUGUUCACGAGUGAGGAGGUGACCAGUGAGGAGUGCCGUACGGACGUCCGAGUGGCGCGAGCCAUCAAGCGAGUGGGAGGGGGAGGGCGGUUGCUGCGAUUUUGGAACCACACGCUGUAUCAUAUCGAUGACAUCACCUUGCCGCCGUCUGAGCAGCAGCAGCAGCAGCGGCAGCAGCGGCAGCAGGGGUCGAGCGGGGGAGGUGGAGGAGGAGGUGGGAAGGGAGCAGCAGCAGCAGCAGCAGGGGGCAGCAGGGGGCUCUUCGCGGCUGGUAUGCAGGACAUGCCCGACGUCUUCACCCCCUUUCGUGAAAAGCUCGAAAAACACGCGGCAGUACGACGCGACCUGCCGUCUCCCCGGCGCGGCGAGCUGCCCCUGCCGCCGGCGGAGGCGCUCAGCGAGGCGGCUCGUACGGCACUGGCGGCGCCGCUGCCCGGCUGGGACGAGCUGCCGUACAACCCGCCGGGGAUCAGGCCGCCGUCGCCGCCCGCUAAGCAUCCGCAUGCCGUACUGGACUUCCGCGGCGGCGAGACUGCCGCCCUGGCCCGGCUGCACUACUACCUGUGGGACAGCGACUGCGUCUCCCGCUACUUUGACACACGCAACGGGCUGCUGGGGGGCGACUUCUCCACCAAGCUGGCGCCCUGGCUGGCGGCGGGCUGCAUCAGCCCGCGGAGGGUUUACCAUGAGAUCAAGAAGUACGAAUCCCAACGCGGCGCCAACAAAUCCACCUACUGGGUCAUCUUUGAGCUGCUGUGGCGGGACUUCUUCCGCUUCUUCGCACUCAAGCACGGCAACCGCAUCUUUCUGGCGGGCGGACCUACGGGUCGGUCGCUGCCCUGGAACCCGGAUCCGGAGCUCUGGCGGCGCUGGCGCGAUGGACGCACGGGGCUGCCGCUGGUGGAUGCGUGCAUGCGGGAACUGGCGGCGACCGGCUUCAUGUCCAAUCGCGGCCGCCAGAACGUGGCUUCCUUCCUGGUUCUGGACCUGGGCAUUGACUGGCGGCGCGGGGCCGACUGGUUCGAGAGCUGCCUGCUGGACUACGAUGUGACCUCUAACUGGGGUAACUGGGUGGCGGCGGCGGGGCUGACGGGGGGCAGGAUCAACCACUUCAACAUCACAAAGCAGGCUAAGGACUACGACCCCCACGGCGACUACGUGCGUACCUGGUGCCCCGAGCUGCGGCGGGUUCCGGAGCACAAGAUCCACGAACCCUGGACGCUAACACCCCAAGAGCAGCAGGCGGCGGGCUGCAGGAUCGGGCAGGACUACCCGCGUCCCAUACCGCUGGAGCAGUACGGCAGGCCGCAUCAGCAUGGGGGGGCGGCGGGGUCGUCAGGGUACGGCGGCGGAGGCGGUCGCAUGGGCAGCAGCGGUAGGCCGCAGUCGGCGCGUGGGGGUGGUGGCGGCGGUGGUGGUAGCGGCAACGGCGGCGGCCGCGGAAGGAAGUCAGAGUUUGAGCGCUACACGUGAAAGUACGAGUGGUAGUGCGAGUAAGAGUGUGCGAAGUAUAUGGAACUGAGGGCGCAGCAAAUCGUUUAUAAUUUUGGUUGUGUUAAACCAAAGGUGACGCCAAUCAGACUUUAUGCCUUGGUAGCGGGGGGUUAGACAAGCCUGCCUGUUAGUGGCAACUAGGCAGGCAUUGCGUAGCGGGAACAGCGAGGAUAAAUUGGAUUGCCGUGCCUAACCGCAAUGUGUAUUGCUGGGUGGAUUCCGUGGAGGGAAGAAGAACACGACGAACAGUCCUGGGGAACUCAACAUCUUCAAAUACAGCCCCACCAUACAUGCAUGGUGGGAUUACCGUAGCGGGUGGUAUCUGGUAUGCUGCUGAGGUUAUUGCUGUCGGCUCUCAGACAGCUGUAGCAGCGUGCAUUGCACACCUACGGGAAAGCGUAUAUUGUUACAACUAAACAAGUGUGGGGGCUGUGUUCGUGUGUACGGAUUCACGAUGUGUGAUGUGAGGGGACGUCCCCCCUGGUGUGAAGAGCCUGCCUGGAUAGUGUUUCAUGAAAGUUUCAUUGAACCAGUUGUUCUGUUUUGACGCAUACGCGUACAAGGGCCCAACAAGGUUGAGCGGUAUCGUACGUCAUACCGUACCCACCGAGGGAAGGGAGCCAUCAGGGGGCCUCUUACAGGGAGGGGCAGUCCUGCCGGUUGUAACACCCUCCAUUCC